UUUGUUUUAGGGAGCGGAGGCAGCCGCCGCAGGGCGAAGGGUUGCGGCCGAUGCCCCACAGAAUCCUCUGAUUCCUCUUGUCCUCACAGACCCAAGAAACCAAGAUGGCAGCAGCUGGACUUAUGCCACUGCCAGCAGGACCUCAGGUCAAGGUGACCUUCGAGGACGUGGCUGUUCUGCUGUCUCAGGAGGAGUGGGCCCGCUUGGGCCCUGCUCAGCGGGGCCUCUACAGAAAUGUGAUGAUGGAGACCUACGGCAAUGUAGUCUCACUGGGACUCCCAGGAUCCAAGCCUGUUGUGAUCUCCCAGCUGGAGCGAGGAGAAGAUCCAUGGGUCCUGGAUGGGCAGGAAACUGAGCAGUGCCUGGGAAGUGGCCACUCAGCAGAGGCAGAGGCAGAGGCAGGCGAAUCUCUGUGAGUUCGAGGCCAGCCCAGUCUACAGAGUGAGUUCCAGGACAGGCUCCAAAGCAAUACAGAGAAACCUUGUCUGGAAAACAAAACAAAACAAUCAUUUGUAUGUUAUCAGUAAUAAACAAAGGUAUAAAUAUUAAAACUA